AUGCAGCGACUCGAAAAGAAUGAGCAGGGCACAAACGAGUCAAGCCAACAAGCCACCGACACGAACGAGACCAUAUGGCAAAUAUGGCGGCUGGAGAUAUUGAGUAGUUUGCUCGCUCUCGGUUGCGUGCUAGCAAUCAUCAUAAUAUUAGCGCUCCAUCAGAGCAAGCCCUUGCCCAAGUGGCUAGGUGUGAUGUCGGUCAAUACCUUGGUAGCUACCUUUACCGAAGUUUACAAGGCAUCUCUUAUAAUUCCCGUUGCCGAAGGGCUUGGUGCCCUGAUCACCAUAGCCGCUCUCGCCAUCGAUCCCAUUUCUCAAGCCAUGUUCGACCACAAGGGAUGCAGUCGUGCCGCAGAUUCUGUCAACGGCAUCAUAGCAGAGAUACCGAGAGCGAAUCACUACACAGCUGGUCCGAUGGACUCCGACAUCGUAAAGGGACUUGCUGAUCCUCAAGAGUUGGCUUCCUUGACCAACGUCAAAUGCGCUACGGGCAACUGCACCUUUGGGAACGGGGACAACGGCAAUGAGGUAAAAACUUCAGCACCUGACGUUCGAUGCAGGCUAUAUGCAUGCGUCAAGCGUUACCAUAGCAAGGUCCAAGAUGGAGUCUAUCUCGAAGUAGAACAUCCAGAUUCGAACGAGAUUCUGACAUGGCAUGACGAGUGGACCCUUGUGGCCAACUCUAGCCUAGUCAAUGGCAAGAAAAUGUCGUGUACGGCAAGAGAGCGCUGGGCGCCUCAAACAGUUCGAGUUGAGUCAGUGGACGGUGGUCCAUUCCAGCUUUCGCCUACGAGCCGUCUUUCUGAACGCGAAGGAGACAAGACUUUUGGCAGGAGGAACAACGUGAUCUGGAAAUUUGUACCGCCGGAAUGUGUAUGGCGAAUAGACGCAAUCUCCUGGCGAGCGAUUACCUCCACGUUGCAGGACAUCUUGCAGAACAACGUCACACACAGCAUGUUGGAUGGUAGACCCGGAGUAAUAACGGGCCCAACCUGGUUGAAACAAGUCUACGCGCAAGCCGCUAGCAAUAUCUCCAAGGUCGAGAAUUUGGCCCGCGGCUUGGCAAGUUCGAUGACUGCGGGCAUGCGCAACACACCAUACGACGGCCUCGACGACAAGCGAAUACCAGAACUUUAUUCAGGCCUGAGAGCGGUAGUGGGUGUGACCCUUAUCUUCGACACAUGUGUCUCCAUUCAUUGGCUCUGGGUCGUAAAUCCAAUUGCGCUCCUAGUGCUUCAAUGGACAUUCUGCGCUCUGAUGCUGGCGAACCGACGUUCUAGCCCUAGUAAUGGCGGACAGCAAUAUAUGGCAUAG